AUGUUUAAUCAAUAUUUCGGUACUAUUCAAGUUCCUGCAAAAUCUGCCAGAGACAGCGAUUUCAAGAUGGCGUCCGGCAAACAGGCGUGUGCUCGAAGCUCAGAUAAUUUCAUUUUGAACACCAAGAAUAUUUCUUGCGAUUUUUGCAAAAAGUUGUUUCAUCAUCAUUGUGCUGAGGUCGACGACAGGUUAGCUAAAGUUAAAGGUGAUUGUGCGGGAAUCAAAUGGUUCUGCAGCGAUUGUCUUCCAAUGAUAAAUGGCAAGCUGAAAAUGGCAGAUUUUGGGGAAGCAGUAUUUAAUCGAAUACCUGAAAAGUCUGAAGUUAGAAUGGUAUCUGGUUCACGGGCGUCAAGGAGCAGUGCUAGUGUACCCGAAAGUGAUUUAGCUGUAUUGGAAAAAGAGAUUGAGUGCCUGGUAAGAGAAAAAAAUUUGAUCGAUAAAAUCGCAAACGAGAGAGGUUAUAUUGUGGAAAUUCAGAAAAAACUCAUAAGUGACCUUGAAGAUAAAUUCCGAAGUCAGUCAGUGGGCAACAGCAGCAAAAACAGAGAUUGUGUUUCGUACAGUGCUAUCGUGAAAAAAGUGGACCAUUCAUAUUUUUUGAUUAAGCCUGCCGAUCGCUCUACUUCGUACAAAACUGUCGAAAAUGAUUUUAAAUCUCGUUAUUCGCCUGGUGCUCUUAAUGUCAAUAUCAACAAGACUAAACUCAUAAAAAAUGGUCUGAUGAUCAGCUGUAAUAGUAAAAAAGAUGUGGAGACUCUAAAAGAUUCUCUAAAAUCUGAUUUAGGAAAUAAGUUCGAUGUUUCUGAUGAAUACAACGUUGCCACGUGCAGAAGCAAAUACCGACAAUAUGGAUUGCGGAGACGACACUUGAUCUUACACAACGAUGUAACCUUACCUGAGGACAUCUUAAAGCUUAUGGGAAAAGAUGUAAAUACAGACCAAAGCGCUGUUUUUUCCCUGCAGGAUCAACUUACUACGAUCUGGCAAACUAUUUUGACUAAUGGCUUGAAAAAAUCUGAUGCUCAAACGCUUUUUAAUGCAUACCAAACAUCAGAAAAACUAUCAUUCCUUAGACCUGCCGAAUUGAAUCCGGAAGUAAAGGCUGCCUCGUCAAAACAAAACAUCUCUGUGGACGCAUCUUAUGUCGAGAUGCAAAAUCAACUAGGAAAAGGCCUGGCUGCACUAGGUAGAUCAAUUUCCACGAUUCUCCUUGAUUUAGAACAUAUGCCAGAUCAAUUCAAGGGCGAUUUCCUUACUAGUCUAUGUGAUAGCGGACGAAUUCUAACGAAUCUCUUCCAUCGCAUGUCGGUUACACGAAAGAACCUUCUCGUUCCUGGUCUAAAAAUAUCUAAAGAACUGGCAGAUGACUGCCUACCCGGAGAAUUUCUUUUUGGUUCUAAUUUAACUCAGAAAUUAGACACAGCAAAAUUUCUUCUAAAUGUGAGUAAGGAUCUGAAACUCCCGACUUAUCAGAAUAAAGUGGGCGCUUCUAAACCAGCACUCGCUCCCAGAAGGGCACAAAAAGGAGGAGGGGGACAAACCCGAGCUGUCUAUACAGAAACCUCAAGAUCAUCAGGGCCUUUAAACUCUCGCCCCCCGACUCACCGAUUGGGGGUAGUGAGUCACGAGAGGGGCCCCUCAUCCAGAUUUCACAAAAACACCUAUUGGAACAAACCACAAGAGAAGAGGAGACGACAUUAG